GCAUGUGUGCAAGUGAUGAAUCAUACAUGGGGUAGAGUUUUAGUGUGAUACUGAGGUAGCGAGAGGAACGAAAGAUCACCAAAUAGGAUCGCCCAUGAUCAAAACUCCAACAUGACAGACUAACUACUAUGCUCGUUCUAUAUCUUGUUUCUUUCUUAUACGUAUGUACCCAACAAUGGCACAGUGAAGGAGUUAAUCUGGCUAUCGUUCUCGCAUGUAGGGUAGGUGCCCUGCAGCGUAAAUUGACGCAUGCCAGUCCGGAUCUCGCCAAGUCGAGGUCAGGCUCCUCGUUUGCCCAGAAUUACCACUCAAUGCCCAUGAGUAACGCAGUUAUACUUACUGCUACUGUGUAUCAGUGUUUCAAAAGCAAAUUGUACAUAAUUGUAUGGCCAGCUCAUGCUGCUGUUGAACCACAGACGAAGAGAUGCCCUCAAGGUUCGACUGUCAGUCUGUUAGUGCCCCGCACCAUCGCCACAGGGUCCUCGAGUCAGAGGCGCGCAAAAUUCGACCCCGCCACGGCCGAUCUCGCUGCUGCACUAACAAACCUACCGAAAGCGUGCAGAGAAGAGCUUAGCUCCAGUCUGUCCUUCCUUCCUCCGUCCGAUUUUUUUUCUCUCCCGCCGUUUCUUUAUAACGCAUCCCCUUGACACCUUCUCUCCCGGUCUUCUAUUCAAGGAUCAAUUUUGUCUUCCACAGAUUCAUACUCUUCCCACCACCGUCACAAUGGGUUCCUCUAUCAACGCUGACUAUGCCCUGUCGGCUGCCCACAAGGAGAUGCUCGAGAAGAGCCUCCUCGACUCGGACCCCGAGGUCGCUGAGAUCAUGGUGCGUUUGAACCUGCCAACCCAAUCGAGAUUAUGCCGUGUCUAACAUAUC